CUCUCGAUUGCCGACAUGGCGUCCGAUUGACGUUUAUUUUACCUGCCAAAAUUUUUUCUCAUGUGUGGUUCAUGUUUGUCUUGGUUUAAAUUUGGUAUAUGCGUUGGGAGUUGUACUUGUCUAUGGCAAAUCCAUCGGCUCGGGCGCGCUUUUCGCUGGAAAAUUUGACUGACGAGUAUGUUGGAAUUGAUAUAUCCGAAAUUGCCAGAAGGGAAUUUGCCUUCUGUGACGAUGUCCUGUCUCUCUGCACGAGGAAAGAGGAAGAUCUUGAUAUUGAUUUAAUACCUCACAGUUCUUGCAGGAAACCUUUGUAAUCACACCGAUCAUUUUGUCAGUCUUUUACUUCAUACAAUUUGGGUUGCAUAUACAAGGAUGAAGUUUCGGAUCUUUAAGAUUUUUCCCCCUUGAUUCAGUCUUCUAUUGUUGAGUUUUGAGCUUGGUUUCUUGAAGCCUUCUGGAUUAGGCAGUUUUCCUCACAAUUAAGUCUUAUGCUCUCUGGUGCGCGUCAAGCUACGUGGAUAAGGUUUCUCUCAUUAAUUUUAUAAGAAGAUAUAGUUCCUAGUUGAAUUUAAAGUUGAGUUUAAAAAAAUUGAAGAAAUUUUCAUCACAUCAAAUACACUUGAAAUUCAGACCUAUUACUUGUGCAACAAUUUCCUAACCAACCUGAAUGUCUCAACAAAGACAAAAGGUUGAGUUUUGAUGAUGGAAGUUAUCCUGAGUUACUUUCCUUAUUAGUUGCUCUUAAGGGAUCACUGAAGUGUCAAGACAUUUUGUGGCCAUCUUUUGAUGUUUGGUGGAGCUCAACUUUUUUGGCAUUUGCAAGUAUCUUUUCUGCUGAUCAAAGCUUAUCAUAUAAUCUUUGACAACCCUCUUUUGGUGCCUGAGCCAAGCAUGACUCUUCCUUCUUCAGGGAGGAGGAGUUUUACAUUUGACUUUGUGAGUCAAGGAACAUUUUUUACCAUUUGGCCCAUGAAGAAAAGAGUUUGGAAUCUUGAGUUUUUAGUUUUUAAACAAACUAUCAAGUGUUAACACCUUCAGCUUUGAGGCCCUUUAAUGCUGGCCUCAUAUCUUGAUGACAUACCAAUGUUGCCUAUCUGGAGUUUUAAUACAUCAACAGCAGCAUGAGGCUCCUUGAAUUUUUUUGUCUCCUUGGGUUCUUCAAUUAUUAUGUCAGAAGCAAGGUUCAAUUCAACAUCAUUCUGGGAUGAUAAUAUUUGUGGAUUAGCUUCUCUGAGUUGGAAAAUUGAAGUGGUUAUGCAAAAUAUGCAAAGGAGCAUCAAUGAUGUGAUGGCCCGAUGAUACCUUGGUAAUCUUGUGAUGCCCUUAAUGAAGAUGAUGUUGGUACAACCAUAUGCUAUAAUUACUGUUGUAGCGCCUGCUGAUAAAUCUGAAGAUAGGAUGACAGUUACUUUUCCAACCUUCAAGAUUUUUCCCAUGAUGGUUGGACGAUCAAUGCCUUUGCACAUUUAUUCGUCUCUGAGUAGCAUAGUAUUUAAGAUCAGUGAUGAUACAUUAUAUUUAACAAAAGAAAUAUUUUUGGUUGGUGGUAGCGCCCACACCUAACAGGCUUUGAUUGUUAUGGUGUAUGAACUGGUCGCAAUCUUUGGGGAUCUGUAUUUGAGUUUUAGUCAGUUUACAUACAUCCUGCAAAUGGAAUAGGCCAUCAAUCACUUUUGAUUUUUUUUUUCCCCUCAAUGAUUACCCUCUGGAUGGUGUGAUGAUCGGAAACGUGGAAAUAAAAAAACGUGUGCAUGCAACCAUCCCUAUUGGUGCCUGUGUAUCACUAAAAGAACUGAUGAUGGCAGUGAAAGUUAAUUUUGGGUGACAUCGCUUCAUUGUAUAUGCUGUGAUGACGUUGGUCAGAGCUCCAUUUAACUUGCCAGAAUUUAGUUGAUGCUGAUUUUAGUUUGACAAAGAGGCUAUGGAACAUAGACACUUGGUUGGUCAACCUCAGAUGUCUGUGAGGGAUCAAGAGCAAAUAUGGAAUCAUCCACACCCUGAUCCUCGGUCAAACUUGGGACCUGGUACUUUCAUAUCUCCUGAAAAUAUUGCAGUUUGUGGACCAAAUUCUGUGGCAUUUGCUAAUCCUGCAUCUGCCACAAAUUAUCCUGUCAUGCCAAAUUUUAACAUAGAGGCUCCCUGCUAUGUAAGAGCUAAUUCACGAAUGGCUCAGGAAUCUUACACGCCUUAUCCAUCUGUUCGCAGCUCUAGUCAAUUUCCACCAUAUUAUGUCCUGCAUGAACCUUGCUUCAACCAAGUCACUGUUGGGGAUAUUAAUGGCACAAUUAACCCUCCCACAGACUAUGAUGGAGCAACGUAUAAAAGGAAAAUGCCGACAAUCCAAACUUUUCCUGACAGUGGAAGCACAAAUGGACAUCGUAGUGAUGCAAGUUCUUCCAAUCAUCCUGUUUCGACUGGGCUUUUAGAAUCAACACAUACAUUAGGUCCUCAUUGUUUCCUACGGGAUCCUGUCAACAUGGCCUCUAGUUACAGAAGCAACAAUCUGCUAUCUUCUGAGGAAGAUCACUGGAAUGUUAGAAGUAGACCUGCCAGUGUGCUUCAUCCUGGUAACAUCUCAUUGACAAACCAUUCAUCCAGCAACUUCUCUGACCAUUUUCAUCCACUAGCAAAUACUUCUGGUGUGAAUUUGCCUGGGCAUCGGAACCUUGCUCCUGUGCCUCUGGAUCCCCAUAUAAGGCUUAUGUCUUCAGGGAUUGGUUCCUUCAAUCAUGAGAUGAACCAGUUGCCUGGACGCCAUGCCACCAACAUUGCUGUGGAUAUUGAUGGUCGUCGCAACUUCUUUCUCAUUCCAGGUUGGCCUUCGCCUGACUUAAUGGUGGAUCGCAGUUCCUAUAGCCAAAGAACAUCGUAUAGGGCCAACUCAAGCUACCGAUCUGUGGGUUCGGAAGCCAAUUUGGUGGAUUUUAGGCUACCAGCAGUGGGAAGAGUUGUCCCUCCACGGUAUCCAGGGCAUCCCUCUUUGCAAGGGCAUAUGAAUGAGAGGAAUGGGAGCAUAAGGAUUCGCGAUGAUGGGGAUGAGGGCAUCGGCCACAGUAGAUGGGCAUCAGAGACUCUAGCUGUGAUGGAUCGGUCAACCUUGUAUGAUUCCAGAAAUUUGUUUGAUGAGCAUCAUGACAUGAGACUAGACAUAGAUAACAUGAGCUAUGAGGAUCUUCUUGCUUUGGAAGAACGGAUUGGUAACGUGAACACGGGUCUAUCAGACGUUGCCAUCUCCAGAUGCUUGAUGGAGGCAAUUUACUGUUCAGAUCAAACGCCGGGUGACCAUGAGAAAGGACGCUGCACGAUAUGCCUGGAAACAUACAAGGGAAAAGAUUGUCUUGGAAGAUUGAGUUGUGGACAUGAUUUCCAUGCUUGUUGUAUUAAGAAAUGGUUACUGAUCAAGAAUGCGUGCCCAAUCUGCAAGGCCUCCGCUCAGAAAGGUUGUUUGCUGGAGCAAUAAGUCUGUCUUGGAUGAUUAUUAGGUCACUCGGUAAUCCUGUUAAUUUGUAAAUAGACUUUAUUUGUGGGACGACAUACUUCAUACAGCUUUGUAUAAAACUAUUUUUUUUUCCAAACUUUCUUUUUUCCCAAAAUGAAGUGUUAAUAUGCUUUCAGAAGUUCUCCAUGAAA